UUGUCCGGAUUCCAUUGCUCGCCACCAGCGUCCAGACUAGUCUUCUAAAAAAAUGGAAUUAGGAAAGAGGGAAGAACGGCAGGCAAACCAUAAAAGCUGUUUUUGGGUUGUUCCCCAAUUUUGCCACUUGUUGUGAUACAGAGAGAGCUUUUUUUUGUUCAACUACGCUCUUCUUUUUUUUUUUUUUGCUAUAUAUGAACAGUUGAACGUUGUUCGGCUGUUGUCGUUGUGAAAGAAGGAAUCCCAUUAUCUUUUACCCUCCUUCUUCAAAUACCUUACUCGGUGGGUUUAAAAUAUCCCCCGCCCUCCCAUUUGGGUUUCCAGAAACCCCCAAAGCUGCUCCGUACGGCCAAAUUCUCUUCAUUUUAUUUUUGCGGGAGGGAAGCAAUUGUUCUGCUCCGUCCUUCUCCGCGGGUCACCGUCCUCCUGCUGCGGAGAUUUUGGGUUUCUGGGUAAAGUUUUUCCACCGCCAAAAAUGGUUUGUUUGGUAGCAAGAUCUGGAAGGGAGUUGCAGAGGUACAAUCCCAUGGGCGGCCGUCAAGUCGUCGGAUGCAUUCCAUACAGAUUCAAGAACUACGAUGAUGGUUCGAUCUCUGAUGAAUUGGAGGUUCUUGUCAUCACAUCUCAAAAGGGUGGUUCAGGCAUGAUGUUCCCUAAGGGUGGUUGGGAACUCGAUGAAUCUGAACAAGAAGCUGCUUCUAGAGAAUCAUUUGAAGAGGCUGGAGUUCUUGGCACAGUUGAGGAUCAAUUGGGGAAGUGGAACUUCAUGAGCAAAAGCAAUGGCAUAUUCUAUGAAGGGUAUAUGUUCCCUUUGUUUGUGACUGAGCAAGUCGAUUUUUGGCCAGAGAGGCAUGUCCGCAGAAGAGUAUGGAUGAGCGUCGAUGAGGCCAGGGACGCUUGUAGGCACUGGUGGAUGAAGGAAGCUCUCGAUGUAUUAGUGGCGCGGCUAAAGUGCCUGAACCCAGAAGACAACGAAGAAGAAGAAGAAGAAGAGGGACGAGAAGUAGAAAUACAAGGAUAUGGACAAGAACAAGAUGAAGUAUUAACUUGCACGCCUAGUUAGCCGACUACUCAUCGUCAUCGCCUUGUAUAUACAUAACCAUUUGACGGUCACAGAGCAGCAGGCAAGGCAGGCAGGGUUUUUCCCAGUUUCGCUUUCAAACCAUGAAGGCAGGCUAAGGGAAGUUAGUUCUGAUUGGAGGAGAGUUGGUUUAGGACUGACAGAGAAGACAGAAAAGCAGCUCACAAAGGAUUCGCCACAACCAACCAUUACUGUAGAAGUGUUGAUAGAAGAAGAAUGCUGCUUAUGGGUAUUCCAUUCCUCGAUGUCUUGAUCCAGAAACAAAAUAUUUCCCAAUCUGGUCGUGUAUGCAAUUGCAAAGUAGAGAGAAAAAAAGGAACCAGAAGAACUGGGAGGAUGUACAUUUUGUUCUUUCUUCUUCUUCUUUCAUGAGUCGAUUUGAGUUUCCACUUCAAAUUUGUUUGGCCACAUUGCUUGCUUCAUUCCUAAUUUCCGAGAGAUAUAUGUUAUAUGUAUUAGUAUUACAGAAUAUUGCUCUCUUUAUCUUUUCCCUUUCCCCAGUUAUCUUCUCACCACAAGGUAAACACAGUCCCCAAGCUGAAAAUGAGGGCUUAUGUUUAGUGUGUGAAAAUGGCGGCAGCGGAUGGGUACAUCUGAUCUAAUCUCAUCCAUUAUUGGAGUGGAGGAAAGAGAAAGUUAGAGCCUAGUCAUAUGAGCCCAUUGUUUUUUAUCUUUCUUUUUCUUCUCUCUGGAAGGAUUGGAAGACGAUGACUUGCGAGUUGCAAAGUCUGUCGGUCCUGUUUUAUUCUACGUAGGGUUCACAACAAAAUCCAAACUCACCGGCUAACCUAUCCGGUUCAAUUCAGUUAACGUGGGUAAAAUUCAUGUUGACGAGUUUUGGGUUGGAUUCGGGUUUAAACUCGUUCAUUAUUCACCGAAUUGAAUUGAGUUUGUGUUUAGAUAUACCCGCCCACACUUAUAUAAUUAAUUUUUCUUGUAUAUUUAAUAUUUUAAGCAACUAAUCUCUUUAUUUUUGCCGAGUCAUCUCUAAUUUUUUCUUUCUAAUUGUGUGGAAUAAAGUUGAUAUUAUCGA